AUGGCAGCGCGGAAGCGGAAGGCGCGGGCGAUGGCGGCGGGCGGCGCGGCGCUGUGGCGGCGGCUCUCGGCCUGGCUGCCUCAGGGCCGCCUCGGCCUGGCCGCGCUGCUCGGCCGCCUCUCCGACCGCCUCUCCCGCGGCCGCGACCGCCGCUCCCGCAGAUCAUCAUGGCUCCUUCUAGCUCCACUACUCACUCCUCCCGUUCCAGUGAUCACAGCCCCACCGUGUUCCCUCUGUCCAGAAGGAGCACACAGGUUCCAGUGGAUCAGUAAUCUGGUCCCAGAGUUUGGGAUCUCCAGCUCACAUGUCAAGGUGCUUUCGUCCCCGGCAGAAUUCUAUGAACUCCUGAAGGUGCAGAUAAAAGCAGCCAAGCAGCGGGUGGUGAUGGCCUCACUGUACCUGGGAACAGGACUCCUUGAGCAGGAGCUGGUGUAUUGCUUAGAAGAAACACUGGAGAAAUCACUGCAAGCAAAAGGCUCACCUGACCUCAGAGUUUCCAUUCUGCUUGACUACACCAGGGGUUCUCGGGGCAGGAAGAACUCUCGAACAAUGCUGAUCCCAUUGCUGCAGCGAUUUCCAGAGCAAGUCCGUGUGUCCCUGUUCCACACCCCAAACCUGCGUGGGCUCCUCCGGCUGCUGAUUCCAGAGCGUUUCAAUGAGACCAUCGGGCUGCAGCACAUCAAGGUCUAUCUCUUUGAUGACAAUGUGAUCCUGAGCGGUGCAAACCUGAGUGAUCUGUACUUCACCAAUCGUCAGGACCGCUACGUCCUGCUGAGGGACUCUCCUGAGAUCGCAGACUUCUUCACAGAGCUUGUGGAUGCCAUUGGAGACGUGUCCCUGCAGCUACAGCAGGAUGACACAGUCCAGAUGAUGGAGGGAAUGGUACACCCAUACCAGGGAGACAAAGUGGCUUACUGUGAGAUUGCCAACCGAAGGGUCAUGGAGGUCAUCAACUCUGCCCGCACACGGCAAGAGCUCCUUCAUGCAAAGACUUUCCACAGCAAUCAGCCAGGCUCCAUCUUAUCACAGCAAGGCUCUCAAGAAUCUGGGAGUCUGAAACCAGAACCCGACACCUGGAUCUAUCCCUUAAUCCAAAUGAAACCUUUUGGCAUUCAAAUAGACGAGAUGGUCACAGAGACACUGCUGACGGAGGCUGAGAGGGGUGCCAGGAUAUACCUCACCACUGGCUACUUCAACUUGACACAGGCCUACAUGGACCUCAUCCUGGGCACAAGGGCUGAGUACCGGAUCCUCCUGGCGUCGCCAGAGGUCAAUGGGUUUUUUGGUGCCAAAGGGGUGGCAGGUGCCAUCCCUGCUGCCUAUGUUUACAUUGAACAGCAGUUUUACAGUGAGGUCUGCUACCUGCAGCAGCAGGAGAGGGUGCAGCUACAGGAGUACUCCCGUGCUGGGUGGACGUUCCAUGCCAAAGGCCUCUGGCUGUACCUGGCAGGGAGUGACCUGCCCUGCCUGACCCUAAUUGGCUCUCCAAAUUUCGGAUAUCGAUCAGUCCAUCGUGACUUGGAAGCUCAGGUUGCGAUAGUGACAGAAAAUAAAGCCUUGCAGCAGCAGCUCCAUCAGGAGCAAGAGCAGCUAUACCUCUGCUCAGGUGUGGUCUCAACAUCAACGUUUGAGCAGCCAAAUCGUUACGUGAAACUGUGGGUGAAGCUGGUGACACCUCUGAUCAAGAAUUUCUUUUGAAAAAACAAAAGUUGCUGCUUUGGGUUGAAGGUCCAGACGUAGGUGGGCCCUCGCAUCCGUGUCUUGUAGACGGGACAUUCGUAGACGUUCAUGGUGUCCAUGCGGUCCACGGGGAUGGCUCUGAGCAGGAUCACUGGCAUCUCAGGAGUCAGCUCCUUCAU